AUGGCAAAAAUGAUCCUUUACGACUUCAUAGAGAGUAGAUGUGCAGCAGCAUCAAAAUACAUGAUGGAUACACAAUUAGAAAAACUCACUAAGGAAGUGUCAGUUAGUACACCAAAUGAUAUAGAAUAUAUAGCAAAAAGUUUAACAAUAAAAGAUUUAGACAAGAUCACAAACUCGGAACUAAUCACAUAUGGAAGAUUAUGUACAGCAUUAAGUGAAGCUGAAUGCAGAAGAAUAGAAGAAGGCCAAAUAGAAAA